AUGGCGGACGAAGGUGAAGUCUCCGCGCUCGUGUGCGAUAACGGCUCCGGGAUGGUCAAAGCCGGCUUCGCGGGCGACGACGCCCCGAAGGCGGUGUUUCCGUCCAUCGUCGGGCGACCGCGACACCACGGUGUGAUGGUGGGCAUGGGUCAGAAGGAUUGCUACGUCGGCGAUGAGGCGCAGAGCAAGCGCGGGAUCCUCACGCUCAAGUACCCGCUCGAGCACGGCAUCGUCACCAACUGGGACGACAUGGAGAAGAUCUGGCACCACACGUUUUACAACGAACUUCGCGUCGACCCGGCCGAGCACCCGGUCCUCUUGACCGAGGCGCCGAUGAAUCCAAAGGCUAACCGCGAGAAGAUGUGCCAAAUCAUGUUUGAGACGUUCAACGUUCCGGCGAUGUACGUGUCCAUCCAAGCCGUCUUGUCGCUCUACGCCUCGGGCCGUACGACCGGUAUCGUACUCGAUUGCGGCGACGGCGUCUCGCACACCGUGCCCAUUUACGAAGGUUACGCGCUUCCGCACGCGAUCCUUCGUCUCGACCUCGCCGGUCGCGACUUGACGGAUUACAUGGUGAAGAUCUUGACCGAGCGCGGACACUCGUUCACGACGUCGGCGGAACGCGAAAUCGUUCGCGAUAUCAAGGAGAAGCUCGCGUACGUCGCGCUUGAUUUCGAGGAGGAAAUGGCCACGAGCCAAAGCUCGUCAUCCAUCGAAAAGUCUUACGAGCUUCCGGAUGGACAAAUGAUCACCAUCGGCAGCGAGCGUUUCCGCUGUCCCGAGGUGCUCUUCCAACCGAGCCUCAUCGGCAUGGAAAACCCGGGCAUCCACGAGACGACGUACAACUCCAUCAUGCGAUGCGAUGUCGACAUCAGACGCGAUCUGUACGCCAACAUCGUCUUGUCCGGCGGUACCACCAUGUUCCCGGGUAUCGCCGACCGCAUCUCCAAGGAGCUCACCGCUCUCGCGCCGUCGUCUAUGAAGAUCAAGGUUGUCGCGCCGCACGAGCGCAAGUACUCCGUGUGGAUCGGUGGCUCCAUCCUCGCUUCCCUGUCCACGUUCCAACAAAUGUGGAUCGCGAAGAGUGAGUACAACGAAGCUGGCCCGUCCAUCGUGCACAGAAAGUGCUUCUAG